AACCCAGUCCCAGUUGCAGAACCUUGUCUUUGCGUUUCAAACACUCUCUUCUAUAGCAAUCCACAAGGGAUACAAGAACAAAACAAGAAAAAGGAGCAAGAGAAAAAAAGUAUCACUAUCCACACUUUUCUUUUUCCUUUAUACCAGAUGGGAAGACCACCUUGCUGUGACAAAAUUGGGAUUAAGAAAGGGCCAUGGACUCCUGAGGAAGACAUCAUCUUGGUCUCUUACAUUCAAGAACAUGGACCCGGGAAUUGGAGAUUGGUUCCCUCUAAUACAGGGUUGAUGAGAUGCAGCAAAAGCUGCCGACUCAGAUGGACCAACUAUCUCCGACCUGGAAUCAAACGAGGCAAUUUCACCGAUCAUGAAGAGAAAAUGAUAAUCCACCUCCAAGCCCUUUUGGGUAACAGAUGGGCUGCAAUAGCCUCCUAUCUUCCACAGAGGACAGACAAUGACAUAAAGAACUAUUGGAAUACCCAUUUGAAAAAGAAGCUGAAGAAGUUGCAGAGCGAGGAGGGUGAUGACGAAGGUAACAAUUACGAAAAGGGAAACUCUUGUUCACAGCUAAAGGGUCAGUGGGAGAGAAGACUUCAAACAGAUAUCCACAUGGCCAAACAAGCCUUAUGUGAGGCUUUGUCCCUUGACAAACCAAGCCAAAUCUUCCCUGAGACCAAACUACCCUCCACUUCUUCCCACCCCACAUCACCAAACAAAACAUCGUCCUUGUACGCCUCGAGCACAGAAAACAUAGCCAGGUUGCUGGACAAUUGGAUGAAAAAAUCUCCAAACAAAACCGAAACAAACUGCUCCACGAGCAACAUGGUAACCACAGGGUCUAGUUCGAGUGAGGGAACACAAAGCACGGUGACAUGCACACAGGACCAGUUUGACUCCUUGUGGAGUUUCAACUAUGAGCGUUCACAGUCUGUGUCAGCAGAAGAGAACACGAACUUGGUGGAGAGCAAGCCAAACGUAGAGACGCAAGUGCCUCUGAUGCUGCUGGAGAAUUGGCUUUUCGAGGAUGGCGCACCUCAGUGCAACGAAGAUCUCAUGAACAUGUCGCUGGAGGAAACUGCAGAUGGGUUGUUCUAGUUGUUCUAGUCCUAGAUCCAUGUAACCAAAUCAAGAACAAAAAAGUCUUGAAAAGAAAGAAAGAGAAUGCGUGUGAGUGUGUGUGAGAAUUAGACUUUAAGUUAUUGCAAACGAAACAAAAGUGUACAUUACAAGUACAUCUAUAACUAUGACUAUCAUCAUUACCUAUCUUAUCUUAUCUACCAUAAUAAUAACUAGAGUUGAAUAUA